UGCCCCCUUAAAAUUCAGGGUAUGCACAAUGCACCAUAAAAGCCAGACUGAAUCAUGUUGGCUCACACCCACCUCAGUCCCUAGUAUCACAGAAUACAGCUGUAACUGCAUCACAUUGUUUACUGUCAUCACAAUUUAGUUUAUUCCGUGGCAGAAACAGGCUUCCAUAUUAAACGUUUUAUGUGGAUACACCUAAAUGCCACAUCAGAAGCCCUUCUGAACCUCUGCAGUGUACAUUUGGCAAAAGUUACUUAAUUUGACAUUCCGCUAAUGGCAUCAGUGGCUUGUUUUGGUGUUCAAUGUAACACUUGCUAAUGUGAUGUUAAUGCAGUCCAAUGUGUGGAUAGCCAUCAUUCACCAUCUCUCAUAUUGAUCCACCAAAGUGCUGGUGAUCUUCUAACCUUACAAGUUGACCUCUGUAUUCUGAUGGAGAAGGUGUUAAUGAGAGCUGGUGUGACAGAUGUUAAGUGUGUGGUUAAACAGAAGCCCCUGCUUAUAUGCAUUUUAUUGCACUUAAUUCCUUUUUUUUUAUCUAAAAACCAUGCACUUUCUUUAUAACUGUGCUUUGCUGACAUGCAACAUUGAUUUUGCACAGUGCAAAGCCAAAGCACGAGCCAGCAUUUGAAAAGAAAUGCCUCAGCAAGAACAAAGACAAUGCAACUCUCCAGUGGGCUUCAACAACAAGUCGAGCUUGUGUGUGUUGCUCAGCUGCAACAGCCAAUGCAAUCCGAUGCAACUCAUCCAUCCAUCUGCACGUGCACACGCUCGUCACUUUUUGAGAUUCCCCUCACAGUUGCUUUAAAUACUCACUUCCAUCCGUGCAUCGAGAGAUCAGUUUAUUGCCAGCAAAUAGGCGUGGGAUGUUCUAAAGCAUCGAUGCAUUGGGGAAACUGAGACCCAUGGCAAAGUGGUUUAGAGAUCACCUAAGUUUUGGCAGCAGGAAAGGACCGCCGCAGCCCCCGAAACCGGACUACACCGAAAGCGAGAUCCUACAGGCCUACAGGGCUCAGAAAGAGCUGGACUUUGAGGACCCGUACGGACCCUCUGAGAACCGGGUACUGAACGGCUCAGGAUCGGUGGAAACGUUCCCCACAUUUGGCGCGGUGCUUUCCAACGGUGUGGAGGUGAAGAUCGUGUCUCCCAAACACAGACUGAUAAAAGUGGACUCUCAGGAAUUCGGGCGUAGCACAAUACCGCUGAACAUUGUGACCUUUGAGGAACCGCAGGCCCCUGCAGUUCCCUCGGGUCCUGCGGUCGGGGAGACUGAUUACUCGGACCCGUUUGACGCCAGACCGGACCCGCGGCCCAGACCCGGCUGGGAGCAGAACGCCGUCGAAGCCUGCAGCAGUUACAUGGAGCCGUUUGAGGCCCAGAGAUUCAUCAGCGAGCUCCAGCACAGCACAGAUCAGGGUAGAAACAGCCCACAGCUCUAUGACAGCCCGUACGAGGAGAGAGGUCGGCCCCAGGCGGCCCCAGCGGAGGACGAGAGAGAGAGCCAUCUGCCCCAGGAUGACGAGAGGCCAGCAGAUGAAUACGACCAGCCCUGGGAGUGGAAGAAAGAGAACAUCUCCAAAGCCUUCGCUGUAACUUUUGAAGCCAGAGACUGGGAACAAUGUACACUGCCCCGUGACGAGGCACAGAGGAAGGCAGGUGCAUCCAGAAUCAGCCCCCCAUCCAGCAGAGCCACCAGCCUGCACAAGCCCAGCAACACACACGGCAUGCUGGGAGAGAGGGUGGAUCCCACACUGCCCCUGGAGAAACAGGUAUGGUACCAUGGUGCAUUGACUCGCUCAGAAGCUGAAUGUCUGAUUACGCUGUGUAAGGAGUGCAGUUACCUGGUGAGGAAAAGCCAGACCAGCAGAAACGAUUAUUCGCUGUCUCUCAGGAGCUGUCACGGGUUCAUGCACAUUAAGUUCUCGCAGUCUCGUGAUGGGAAGUUCAUUCUGGGAGAGAACAGUCCUCCGUUUGACUCCAUCCCUGAAGUCAUUCAUUACUACACCACAAACAAACUGCCCAUCCGCGGAGCCGAACACCUGUCCCUGCUGUUCCCGGUGCUGGUGCAGACGCUCUGAGACCACACACUCAGAUGACUACUAUAGUUCUUCAUUUUCAAUCACAUAUCGCAGGCUCUUUGAGAGUUUGAUUUGUGUUUGGAGUGGGAAUUAGAUUUUUCAGGCGUGUGAAUGAAAACACAGUCGGCCUGUACAGACACUGUAUUGAUGUGCUGCACACGUGUGAAGAAUAUUUUACGCACCACUUGACUCCAAAGUGUGUUCGCAUCACACUGGGAGCUGUAAUAUUAUUCCCUUCUCUGCUCCAAACCCUUCAAAUGAUAGUUUUCAAAUAUGAGGAUGAAAUGUAGCCCAACCAAAGUAUUUAUAAAGAUUUUGCUAAAUACUAAAAAGCAAUGAUGUACAGUACAAAUCUCAUCCUCUGUAGGAUUUCUUGAAGUUAAUCACCUGAAAUGACAGUUGUCAUCAUUUGCUCAUUCUCAUGUUGUUCCAAACCAGUAUGACUUUCUUCUGUUGAACACAAAAGAAGAUCUUUUGAAUGCUGUUAAUGAAAGUGGAUGCUGACCAUGGCUGUUAUGCUCUAAAAAGGACAAAAUCGCCGUAAAUGUAGUCCAUGUAAGUCUUCUAAACCCACACUGUAGCUUUGUGUGAAGUAAAAAAAAUGCAAUGUUGCAUCUCUCAAUUCUCAUUUGUUUUCACAAUUUAAAUACUUUUUUGUUUAUAAAAAGUGGAAAUUGGCAUACAAAGUCAUAAUUAUGAGGGUAAAAUUCUAAAGUAUGACAAAGUCAAACUGUUCAGAUAAAAAGUAAAUAAAUAAAAUAAAUCUGUUUAAAAAAGCUUCAAUUAGAAAUGUAGUCAAUUUUUUUUGUCAAUUAUAAAUUAUCAAAUAUUUGUCAAAUGUCAUAAUUUACACCUCUUACCUCAUAAUUCCACUUUUUAUGUUAAUUUCAACUUUGUAUGUGAAUUAUAAUUAACACCACAUAUUAGUUGCCAUAUAUAAAUGUUUCGCUAUGUUGCAUCGCUUGAUUUGUGUUUCUGCGUAUUUUAAAUAGGGCAGAGGCAAAAAUACAAAUAACAACUCCAGAUCUGUUUGUCACACAAACCUAUUGUUUGACUUCAAAAUAUAUCAAAAUGACUACAUUUGUGGUGCUUUUGGUCCUUUUCAGACAUACUAAAAAAGUUGAAAUUAAGAGAUAAAAUCUUAAUUAUGAUUAUAAUUCAGUUUUCUUAUCAUAAUUUUUUUUUUUUUUUUUUUUUGGUUUUUUACCUAAUAGCUGUUAAUUUUAACUUAUGUCAUAGUUAUGCAUUUAUGUUUUAUGAAUUACAUAAUUUUUUUUCCUCUUAUGUGGCAGAAAUCGGCUUCCAUGGUAUUAUUUUGAUCUUUUUGUCCUUUUUAGGGCUUGAUGGUGAUGGUCACCAUCCACUUUCAAUUUAGUUCCAUUCUACAAAUUUCUCUUUUUGUGUUCCACUAUAUAAAAUCAUGCUGGUUUGGAAUGAUGUGUGUGAGUGAAUAAUGACUGAAUUAUAAUGUUGAGUGACUGUAAGCAAAAAUGAGGGCUUCUCUUUAGGAACAGGAAGCCGGCCCUUAACUUCCUUUUGGUACUAACUAGAAGCAAUGAAUCAUGGUUUAGCGGUAAGGAAGUAAAAAUACGACACUGGAAUGUUUCCAAAUGGGACUUUCGCUUGUCUGGAUGGCCAUCUGCAAACACAAAGAUUUCUUCUGCUCCCAGAAUCUCGGGGUGCUGAGGAUGACGGAAACAGGAAGUGAUGUCCUCCGACCAUCUAAAGCUGUACUUUCAUUUGCUUCAGUGUUCUGGUCUUGUAGCAUGACAGGAAGCGGUCAUUACUGUGGCAUUUGGCUUCACUAACGGCAGCUGUAUGCUCUCAAUGCUACCCAUCAUUUCACUCGACCAGAUACCGCUUAGUGUCACCGGCUUGUUUCUGAGGACUUCUUAGCAAUACUUAAAGCUUCAUGAGAAACCUCACAUUAACCGUCUCUUCUGAGUUAAUCUGGCUUUACAUGAUAUUUGAAAUAAGGUCACCUAUAAUCAUAAGCCACAUCCAUAUGUUAAAAAAUGCAGAUGAAACUCAAGCAUUUUCCUCAGAACAAACACAAUCUCCUGUUGUUAAGUGAAUGUUAUAGUGAAAAGCUUUCAAAUGAACAUGGUUUUGGGAUUGGUUUACUUGCACGUCCACUCAACACACACACACGCACACUACUGCGUUUAGACUUCUACACAGGGUUUCUAUUGCUGUAGAGAUCCACACGGUAACUAUUGUUCAUGAUGACUGAUUUUAGUGUGUUUUUGUUUUUUCUGUAUGCUGUUUUCCAGCUUUUCAUUUCUUUGGAAUAAAUUAGGAGUUGUUUUCUAAAAAAUAAUGUGCGUGUGUUGAAUUGUCAUCUGUAUGGUUGGAUCCUGAUUGGAUGUGACAUUACUGGGCUAAAAGGUGAUCCGUGUCUCUCAGCAGAAGAAAGGGUUCCUUCUCAUAAAACAUUCAUGCAACACACUAAAAAAAAAUAGGUCAGACCUCCUCCAUGUGACCGAGCUUAUACACACUCUGUUGUUGACUCUGAGCGCUAA